AGCCCUCGGAGAAGGGGCGUCACUUUUGAAGUGACUUCACCGCGUGCGGUCGGGUGCCGCGAGGUGGCCCGGCACGCCUGAGCUCCAGGCGGGACCGCACGUGGGCGCCGCGCUUCCCAGGUGGGCGCGUGGCAGCCCCGCCUGCGCCCGCACCGAUGCUCGCCCUCCGCGCGGCGCUGGGACUCUUGCUCGUGGGGGUGCUCCGAGCCUUCCCACAGGAUGGACACCUCCAGGCCUCCUGUGCCAGAGCCUCCAACCGCUACUACGACAAGGCUUCCAGAGCAUGUUGCUACCGCUGCCCCCCAGGACAGUCCCCAGUGAAGACGCGGCCGUGCCCGCAGGGUCCUGCUGACUGCAGGAAGCGGUGUGACCACGACUACUACCUGAGUGCGUCUAACCGCUGCAUGGCCUGUGUGAGCUGCUUGGGAGCAGACCUCGUGGAGAAGGCGCCCUGCUCCCGGGACACCCCCCGCGUCUGCGAGUGCCGGCCCGGCAUGUUCUGCGCCACGUCGGCCUCCAACUCCUGUGCCCGCUGCUCGCCACACUCCGUCUGCCCGGCGGGGCUGGUCGUCAAGUCUCCAGGCACAGCAGAGAAGGACACCGUGUGUGGGCCGCCUUCCCCCGGGGCCGGCCCUGACUGCGCCAACCCAGAGGACUGCAAGACCCUCUCCAGCGACACCACUCCCCAGGCCGAGCCCAUCCUGAUGUCCCCCACCGCCGAGGCCAGGACCACGCUUCAAAGAGGGGUCACCUCCCGCACCCUGGAAGAUGCUUCUCCACUGACCAGGGCUCGCAGACCGCCCUCCUCUGCAGGACCGUCCCCGCCGUGGCCCUGUCCGCAGGGGUCUGCUGACUGCAGGAAGCAGUGUGAUCCCGACUACUACCUGGACGGGACAGGCCGCUGCACGGCCUGUGUGAGCUGUGUGCGAGAUGACCUCGUGGAGAAGGCGCCCUGCUCCCGGAACUCCCCCCGCGUCUGCGAGUGCCGGCCCGGCAUGUUCUGCGCCACGUCAGCCACCAACUCCUGUGCCCGCUGCGUCGCCCGCCCGGCCUGCGCACCAGGGACGGUCGUCCAACCCCAGGGUGUGGCUGAGGGGGAGCCCACCCAUGAGCCGCCUCCCCCGGGGACCCACGCCAACUGCAGCACCCCAGGAAGCCGUGAGGCUCCUGCCAGCACGGCCGCCGCCCUGAGCCCCCUGGUGGACUCCCGCACCAGCAGGACGCUGCCCGCCUCCACCGUCUCUCUCCCCCCCACCGGAAAGCCCAUCCUGGACCCAGGACCUGUGCUCUUCUGGAUGAUCAUGGUACCCGUGCUGGUGGUGGGUUCCAGCUUCUUCCUCCUGUGUCACCAGAGGGCCUGCAGGAGACGGUUUCGGCAGAAGCUUCAGCUGUGCUACCCAGCCCAGACCUUCGCACCCAAGCUGGAGCUCGUGGAUUCCAGACCCAGGAGGAACCUGACGCCCCGGAGAAGCGAGCUGGUGACGGAGCCAGGCACAGAAGAGCGGAGCUUCGUGAGCCCCCCGGCCGUGGAGACCUGUGACAGUGUGGGGACAGCUUGUCCAAGCAGCCUGCCCCUGCUGGGCUCCAGCCCCGCUGGGGUCCCCUCGUCCCCCAGGGACGCUGAGCCCCCAGUGUCCACAGAGCACACCAAUAACAAGAUUGAGAAAAUCUACAUCAUGAAGGCCGACACAGUGAUCGUGGGGACCGUGAGGACGGAAGCGUCUGAGGGCCGGGGCCCGGUGGGGCCUGUGGGGCCUGAGGAGGCAGAGCUGGAGGUGGACCAUGUCCCCCACUACCCAGAGCAGGAGACGGAACCGCCUCUGGGCAGCUGUGGGGACGUCAUGUUCUCUGUAGAGGAGGAAGGGAAGGAGGACUUCGGGCCCACGGUGGCCUCGGGGAAGUGAGGCCCAAACUGGGCUGGGGCAGGGGGGCAGCUAGCUGCCCCUUGGAGGCCAGGGGACAGAAGACCAGGUGGCUUGAACUGAGAUCCCAGCGUCUGGUAGUGGCAGGGGUGGGGCACCCUGCCUUUCCGCUGCUGCCGAGAGCACUGGUCUCCACCAUGGCAUUGGACACACCAUCAGGGCCAGCCCAUCGAGGCAGCCGGCCCGAGGCUGGUUCCAGGCCCCGUCCACCACCCUGUGCCCUCUCUACUCUCCCGGGGCCCUGCUGGCGUGCUGCCGGUCGUUACUGUAAACGUGGCUCCCGUGGGGCACGGAGCCAGCGCCUGUGGUUUUUUCUCCUGAGUCAGAAGGGAAGUCGAGGGGCGGGUGUUGUCCCAUCUGGGCUGCAGUCGCACUGCUCUCGGCUCCGAGGAGAGGGUGCAGCUGGCCCCAGCCCUCCACGGGCUGAGCGGGACCUUCCUUGUGCUGCCCCCUGUCCCGGCUCCGCAGCCCCGAUCAAUCCAUUCCUCUUAGACUGUCCCCACCUGUCCCCGAAACAGGGGGCCUUUUAGGGCAGACCCUCAGCACUGCGGCACCCCCACCCUGAGUGCAGACCCUGCGCCCAGUGCUGCUGGAGAAGGGCCUCUCAGCUUUGCCCAGGGACUUCCUCCCCGUGUGGAGGUGGGGAGCUGCAGCCCCGCCAGGGCCUCGGCUGCUCUUCGGCACCUCCCAUUCUGUCCUG